AUGCAGUUCGUUUCCAGCUUUCAGACAGAAGGCGUUCUCGCUCCGUCGCUCCUGGCUGUUCACGCGGUGGACACAGCGUCUUCAGCGUCGCCAAGGGAGGCAAAAGAACAGCGCACGGCCGUAGGCCGAGCCGGAGAAGACCGAGAAAUCGCAGGAAGCAGAGACGACAGGCAUCGAGACCAAGAAACCGACGAGCGAGGCGAGGCAGACGUCGUUUCGAACUCUGGACAGCCGAGUGUCAAGGUCUCGUGGACACCCGGCAAAAAAAGGUCGUUCUACCGAGACCACAUCGAGCGUGGGGUGUCUCACCCCACCUUCUCUUUGUUUGCGGAUCCGGCAUCCCGACUCGUUCUGGACUCCCGCCUUCCGUCCGGUCUUCCGCAUGCACGCACCUGCACCCGCGGGGCUUCCGCCGACGCCGGCUGCUCGCCGGUCGACGCCAUUCACCCUCUCUUCGCUUCGCCGUCCGCGCAGUUCCCCCGGAAAGACACUCGAUUGCGCGUCGGACAUUCGCGCCCCGAGAAGCCGUGGCGCCCUCCGAAGGUGUCGGCCGAGCCUUUCGCACAGACGGCGCCGCCCGAGCGGGAGAGUCUGGGCAUGUUCUCUGCCCAUGGAGACGUCGCGUUCCGGUCCCAUGCCUUCACGGUGUCGAUAAAGCGACAAAUGCAAAAGGACUGGGAACUCGAGCAACGGAAACAAAAAAUUCUAGACGAGGGAGGCGAUGUGAGCUUGCUGCAAGAGGACGUGGACGAUGACGCAGAUGACCCCAGCCAUAUCUAUCUGUACUCGUCCAUGCAACUUGCGCUGGACAAACAGUGCGCGUCGCAAGGGGAGGCGAUGGAGACGACGUGGAGUUACAUGCGCCUCGUCGGCUCGUCUCUCUACUGCUUUUCAAAAAACGAUCUCAACUUUAAGAGCACAGGAAAGAACUGCGUGGACAGCUGCGGCCAGUCGGUGGCGUGCGCGGGAGUCCCCUCGCGAGCAGCGAUCUCGGCAGUCACGGCGUCCGCGAACAUCCCCGAAGACAUCUUGAGCCGCAACUCGAUCCUCAAAUACUGCACGUCCUCGCGUCUCCAGGAUGCCCUCAAUGAAAUGUGUGGCAGUCCAGAGCGACUCUACCGGGUGAUCGAUAACGACAAGGGCUGCGUGCCGGUUGAAUACAUCGACUGGAAGGCCUCGGCGACAGUCUGCGUCGAUGACUGCCACAACACGGUCAACUGUUCCGGCCAAGUGAAAGACACCAGCAAGUUCGUCCACAUAACGAGUGAACAGUUGGACACCGUGAUGAACAAAAAGAAAUCCACGUGCCUGUGCGACGAAAAGCUGGAGCAGGGAGCAUCGUACACAGGUUGUCAAACGAAGACGCGCACAGGAAGGGAAUGUCAGAGGUGGGACUCCGACUCGCCCCACGAACACACCGAACUUCAAGAGCCGCACAACUACUGCAGAAAUGUCAAUGGCGAGGCGGAAAUUUGGUGUUACACCACCGAUCCGCAUGUCCGAUUCGACUUCUGUGAUCCACUUGGUGUUACCGAGCGCUUCGUCCAGCCUGGGGAGAAGGUGGACAUCGUCGUCAGCGGGGUGAAUUUGUCUCCAAAGUAUUCGCUGCGUGUCUACGACGGCGGCGAGACUGGGAAGAACGUGUGCGGGGCCAAGUCCGGCAAAACGGCAGCUGCCUCUUUCAAAGACUGGGGCGUGGGACGCCACUUUUUGCCAAAGUAUACAAUCAAGGACGGUGCAAUUUCGACAUUGACUUGGCCCGACCUGAAAGUCGACGACACUGCGACGGGUUCCAUCGCUCUCUGCGGCUGCAAUUUCUUCGGGUUCUUCGCGUCCAACUGGGGAAGCGACGCACCAUGCUCGAAAGAUGAGCACUUCAACGUCGAACUGGGAGUGCUCCACGUGGUUGGUCCCCUGUAUGCGUUGGGCGGCGAGGUUGAGAUGACGUCGGGCGAGCCGAAGACUUUCACCGUCCGCGGGACGGGGAUGAGGACAGUCGACACUCUCGUCGUCGUGGGAGACAGGACAGGCGUGAUGUGUGCCUCGCCGAACUUCUUCCAGAUGCAGUUGGAGCUUCUCCGAGGCGUCGGCGAGGGCGCGCUGGCCGUGUUCACGAGGGGAAUCGCGAUGGGAGAGAAUCAGUACGUGAAGACCGGUUUCAAGUCUGUCAGCGACGACGGAAGUGUCGCCACGACGGGGGAUUUGAAUAUCCUGGCGACGGGGCAUUACUCGCUCUGCUGGCAAGGGACGAAGAAUGGACAGAGAGCGUACGGCCUCGCCGACAGGCUCGUGGUCACAGGAGUCGACCUGAGUAUGACGUACCGGUCCGUCUACGCCCCGUCGACGGGUUCUGUCACGCAGAAGCUCUUCUCGCUUUUCAUCCACACGUACCGAGACACAGAGGUCUUCGCAGACGACGCCAUCACCGUUCGAGCGCCGACGAAGAAACCGUGCGAAGGCGCCAUCGUUGCGCAGUCCCGGAAAAUCGACUUGGAGUAUCGCGCGACAACGCAAAUGAGCACUCAGAAGCUCCUCUUCAAAGCCAAGUAUUUGACUGUGAAGAAUCUUCCUGAAUCGAGUUCGACGUAUUCCGAGACGCUGCAGGUCUGCCUGCAGUCGAGCAAGCGGGAGGCCUUGCAGUACUUGGGCGAGUCGAGCAUCACCGAGUACCAUUCGUAUCCGUUCAGCGACUUUGUCUUGCCUGCGUCGCUUCACUUGGUGACGCCGAGCCGCGUCUUCUCGUACACGGUGAGUGAGUUCUCCGAUCUAGGACUCCACUGGGGCGAGGUGAAACAGGACGGCGCGGUGGUCAUCGGCGACUUCCGCGAGUUCUUCACGGCCAAUCCGUUCUCGAAAGUUCUCCACUUUUGGCUGUCGAGGUCGACGAACGUGAUCACGGCGUGGGCCUUUUCGGCGUCCGACCCGUCGCCGACGCUCAUGGCCAUCUUCAGGACGGAAGCACCAGUUGCGAUGGCGAUUCACGUGACGGCGAACUACGUCCAUUUGUACCUUUUGAAGGGCGAUACUCCUGCCACGUUGUCUGUCCUGGACGUGACGGUGCCGAGCACCGACUUCUCAGACGACAAAGCGAUCGCCACGCUGUACCCAGAAACCGAAAACCUCGUCAAUCCCGUCAAAUUCGUGCUCAUCUACCCUGGCGAACCACACGAGACGAAACCGGUCGUUGUCCUCAUCGACUCGGGAACGGGAUACAUCCAUCUGUUUGACCACGAGUUGAACGCCGCGAGCAAGUCGAACGGCGAGGGCAGUUUGAAUCAGCCGCUUGUGCAGCCCACUGAUCUGUACUGCAUCCGCAAAACGGACGGCUCGGCUGAAGUCUCCUCGACGUGGGAUUGCUUCGUCACUGACGUAGGCCUGCCGCGCGUCGUCUACUUCACUGUCGACGCCGCCAAAAAAACGUUCACGUUCCUCGCAACCUACAGUGGCGAAGGAACGAAGGACGGCGUCGACACGAACUUGCAAGGCCCCACGUCCGUCGUCGCGCACUACUUUAGUGGCAAAACGCUGAUCUACGUCGCUGAGGCAGCAAGCUCGUACCCGCUGCUGCUGACAAAGGUCGACGAAGAGGACGCGAUUCACUACUACGCGUUCCUUUCGCAGAACUCGGUCGGGUCCUCGUCGACUGUAGGGCGUCUCUCGCUUAUGCAUUUCUCCGACGACAACUCGUCGCUGGAGCGGGUGUCGCUGGCGACUUUCCGAGAUGCGUGGCGCGGGGCAGAGAUCCAGGUCGUUUCCCUGGACACCACGGCCACCGUUCCGAGUUUCCGCUAUCACCCGCACGAGUGGUACAACGUCGGCGACACACACAGUCUGGAGCCGAGUGUGAUUGGUCUCGGCAGUUUGAAGGGCGUGCGGAAGUUCGCCUUGAGCAGCGAAAUGGCCAAUGCAGCGUACAUACACUCGAUUGCGUCCGUGGACCCGAGCACCGGCGUGGUGAAGCUCGAGUUGACAAACAUCCAGCGCUCCUCCGUCGAGAUCGAGGUUGUCGCCAUGGGGAUGGUCAGUCAGAUGACGACAACCUUCAAAUUCAAUAUCGCAUGCAAGGACGGCUACUACUACAGCCAGGGGAUGUGUGUGCGCUGCGCCGCCGGCUCGUACAACUCCGUGAACUUGGUCAAGGCCGACCCUGCAGGCAGCUGGGCCAAAUGCAAGAAAUGCGGCGAGCACCAGACGACUGUGGCCGAGGGAUCCAUCAGUGAAGAUCAGUGCCAGUGUCAGCAAGGCUACCACAUUCCCGAUGAAUCCGCAGACAACGCAAAAUGUGAACCGUGCCCCGCAGGCAUGUGGAAAGACACUGUGGCCAAUACGGGGUGUAUGGGCAGCUGUCCAGCACACUCGUCGACGACCGUUGUGGGGGCGACGACGGCGACGGAAAGGCGAUGCGAGUGCGAGCCUGGAUACUACUUCGUGGGAGAGAGUGUGGUGAACCAGGAGUGCGUGCUGGCCGAGAAGGGGUACUACUCGGAGGGCGGCUUCGAAGCAGAGCGCGUGGCCUGUCCUCAGCACUCGACGACGAACCCGAAUGACGACCCCUCCUUUGCCGCGACAAAUCUGGAGGCGUGUCUGUGCGAGAAGGGGUACACCGCAGCCUCGUUGAAGAGUCUGGAGAAUCCGUCGUCGUCGGAAUCUCAGCUGAUGGACUGGUUGAAGUUGCACCCGAAAUACACCCACCUGGCCAAGUCGCAGGUCUGCGUGCCGUGCGGCAGGGGGUACUUCAAGGACGCGGUCGGCGCCCAAGCGUGCACGCCGUGUCCACAAAACGCCUUCGCUGCCACGUCGGUGGCUACUUCCGAGGCCGAGUGCGAGUUGUGCAGACCAGGGUACUACCAGACAGGGAAUUCCGACGUACCCUGUGCGGAGUGCCCCGACGGACACUUCUGCGUUGGGUCGGAACCUGCCGUCAGCAGCCUCGCUCAGUACGCUGGAGCCAAGACCAUGUGCCCGGACAACACGGCGACGGUGCCUCCUAACGCUCAGAACGAUCAUCCCUACAAGUGCAUGUGCCAGGCAGGCUUCGAGUACUCCGGCACCGACAGUAUGACGCCGACCGUCAUUUGCCAGCCUGCCAGGGUGGGGGAUUACAAAGGCAUCGUCUCCAACACGCCCGGAGAGAAGUGCCCGUCCGGAAGUUCCACGCAGACGACCGGAAAUGUCUCUCUGGAGGACUGCAUCUGCACUCCGGGGUACUACUUCAGCAGUGCCUCGGGCGAGUGCACGGCCUGUCCAGUUGGUUUCUACUGUCCCGGCGGACGUGACAGUCUUACGGCAUCGCACACGAUGCCUGUGCAGUGCCCGCCGGAAACAAACACGCGGGGAACGAUGAGUGCUACAGCAGGCGAGUGCGUGUGCGACAAAGGCUACUACCGAUUCAGCUCACAAGUCAACUCUGGAGAUAUUGUUUGUCGCCCGUGCCCAGCGAACAGCUACAAAGACUGGGUCGGCAACGACGUUUGCAAAGCGUGCAGUGAAAACUCAGGGACAGAACAGACCGGAGCGAACUCAGCGUCGCAGUGUCUGUGUUCCCGCGGGUUCUACUACGACAUCAAGCAGGCGGAGUGCGUCGCGUGCAGUAACCCACUCAAGUACUGUCCAGGGGGGGAGGUUGACUGCGAAGAAGACGAAGCGAACUGCGUGAACGGGAAGAAGCCGGUCGAGCCGCAGGCGUGCCCGCCCAACACUCGGAUCACCGCUGGAUACGAUACACCCUGGUCUCUCGAUGACUGCAAAUGCGAUCCGGGGUUUGCGUACGAGAGCGGGAGUGCGGCGGAAGGCGAGAAGCGGUGUGAGCCGUGUUCCGCCGGUUCGUACAAGUCUUCCGUGCAGGAUGGGCCGUGCAACGGUCUUUGCGGAACUUCGUCGACGUCGUUUCCCGGGGCGCAGUCGCAGUCUCAGUGUUUCUGCGAAGAAGGGACGUAUUUUGCAGCGGACGUUUGCCACACAUGCCCCACGGGGGCGUUUUGUGGAGGCGGGCUGCUGGAGGAGGCGGAGGCGAAGCUGCGGCAAGACUCGAGUUUCACGGGAAUCACGUCGGCAGACCACGUGAAACCGUUUGCCGAAGCGGGGUACUUCUUGAACAAGCUGAAGGAGGAACUGGAGUCGCCGAACGACUGGCAGUUCACGCCGUGUCCGAUCCAGAACGCGUGCCUCUCCCACGGCGUCUGUUCCGAGACAAUGACGGAGUACCUGUGCAGCGAGUGCCGUCGCGGCUACACCAACACCUUCUCCAAAGGGGAAAUCUGCACGUCCUGUCCGUCGAUGGUUUGGAAUAUCGUCUGUUUGGCGGGGUACUACCUCGCGACUUUGCUUUUCAACAUCGUGAUGACGUACAUGAACGUCGCCGCCGGGUUCAACAGGCGUUCCAUUCACUCGAUUGUGAUUAAAAUCGCCUCGAAUUACCUCACUGGGAUUUCCGUCUUGUCCGUCAUCGACUUCAACACGAUAGCCUUCCCGACCUGGAUCACCGACCUGACGACGACCGUGACGGAGACCGUGUCGGCGAAGCACAGCACGCGGGUGAUGUCUGUCGACUGCUUGCUGCGAGACAACUUUGACUUGUCUUUCUCCGAGUCCUUCUUCUACACCAUGGUUUUCUACGCGCUCGUCCCGAUCGCCUUGCCCAUUCUUGUGACAAUCAUUAUGUUCAUCAUUGUGUACCGCGUCUGCGCCUGGUACCGCAAGUCGACGCAGAGGAAGUUGGAGCUCCUCAAGCAAACCAUGCAGUACGGCCUCUACAGCUUGGCCCAGCAGCUGAAGGAGAAGUACGAAGAAGAUCGUGUGUUUAUGAUUUUCAGGUACAUUGUGCUGCCGGGCGAAUCGAUCUUCCGCCGCGCCGCCAAAUUCAUGGAAGAUAUGAUUCCCAUCUACGUCACAGUGCUUUUCUUCAUCUACUCCUCGACGACGCGCAACAUGUUGUCGCUGCUCGACUGCACGUACAUCGACUUCGGCCGCGCACACCAGGCGAAAUACUUUCUCCGCGCAGCCAUGUCGGUCGAGUGCACCAACAUCUGGAAUGGGCCGUAUUUCAAGUUCUUCGCGGUCGGUAUCGUGGGCCUCGUCGUCUGGAGCAUCGGGAUUCCCUUGUCGUGCUUCCUGGUCCUCUACUUCAACCGCAAGCGGCUAAACAGCCGCGAAACGAGGCUAAAGUACGGGUUCUUGCACAACGGGUUCGUGAAAAAGUACUGGUACUGGGAAAUGGUUGUGUUUGCCAGAAAAUUCCUCGUCAUUGUCGUCUCCAGCGUCGCCCUCAUCCCCUCGGCGGACAGGAACGGGUCGCGAAUCUGGCUAGCCGUCGUCAUCGCCGUCAUCUUUUUGAUUAUUCACUUGGUCACCCAGCCGUUCGACAAAAGGAGUUAUCUGACCCUCGAUCGCCUCGAAAACCACAGCAUGUCUAUCUGGACCAUCACCCUCAUCGUGCUGGCGAUGAUGAUUGGCUCGGACUUCUCAGGGAACGUGAACAUGGCCCUCUUGCUGUUCUUGGCGGUUCUGACGUUCAUGUUCAUCCUUGAGGUCGGGGUGUCUCUGAUGUUUGCGUACUUCGACAACGUCCGAAGCCAGCAGACGUUCUUCCGAGUUCCCGUGGUGGGCUACAUCUUUCGCUUCUUCGCGCGCCUGUCGGAGAAGCGGCGCGCUCGCGAGCCGAUCGUUGUGUUUGACACGGAGAACGAAGUGAUCCAGUUGGUCGCUGCGAAGCGUCAGACCUGGACGCUGUUCCGCGCGUUGCGCAAGAACAUUAAUCUCGCCGAGAGGAACUACUUCAUCAAGGUUAUGUCUGAGAGUCUCGGUUUUGCGGUGGUGCACAUGAAGCUGGACGUUAUUCCCGGUUCGUUCUUGGAAUUCGCACUGCGUCUCGGUUUGGCCUUCCACCGCGUGGAGGAAGUUUCUCAGCAGAACAAGAAGUCCCUCCAGGCCAUUGCAGACGGCGAUUUGUCGCAGCUUGCGGACUGGUCGAACAACGAACACAAACGGAAGGACAUUGCCCAGUCGGCGCGCACCGUGCAGAAGAAGAUAACCCAGGAUAUUGACACGUUCUAUACGGACAUGGAGGAGAAGUUCGCAAGUAAAGUCGACGGCGCGGAACCGCCCGCAGAGGACGCCGAAGAACAGCAAAACGAACGGCUUCGCGACUUGGAGGGGGAGAUGGCUUCCGACGAGGAGGUGGAGAAGAUGAAGCAGGAGAUGACCAAGCACGAAGAGGAGGAGGGAGACCAAGACUACGGCGACGAUGCGGCCUACCUCCGAAAUCUCCAGGACUUCACGGACGACAUAACGGGCGAGGACGAGGAAACGAUGUAUCUGUUCGACCAAGACAUGAUGACUCGGGGUAUCGCCCUGUCCGAGCUGUACCUGGCGCUGCUCAAGCUACAACUGCAGGAUUCAAAUACAAUCAGCAGUCAGUUCGACGCCUUCAGGCUGCGGAAACAAAUCCAGGCGGACGAGCACUCUGCGGCGCUCCUCAAGAGAAACCGGAAACUCAAAGUGAUGCGCGAAGCCCUGGAAAGUCUCGUGCUGACGUCUGGGGCAGGCCUGGCGGAGCUGGGAAUGACGGAGGAGGCGUUCAACAAGAAAAAGGACGAGCUCGCAAAGUUGAAUGCGGAGAUCGAGAAACUCAAAGGACGCCUUCAAGAACUGAAGGAGAACCCAGACAGUUACAAGGAGGACGAGGAGGUAGAGCGUGAGGAGGACUGGAUCGACGAAGACCGCAUUCCGGAAGUAGAGAAAAUGGAGGAAGAGAACGCUCGCAGAAAGAAGGAACAACAGGAGCGAGAAGAGACAGAUCGGGAAGUCUGCUGGACAGCCGACGACAUGGAGAACGCCGGAUGGUUUGGGGAAGACGACGACGUCGUCUCUCCUGAAGAGACUUCUGAAGUCCCGGUCCCGGAAGGAACGUUCAGGCUCGUAGGCCAAGACGCUGAGACUUGGGACGAACUUGGGUAUUCGGCAGCCAACGGAAUCCAGGAGACUGCUCCAGAUGACGGUUUGUAA